AUGCUUCGACCUCAACCUCCCAAAGAAAACACACCAUCCAAACCCCGAGUCCUCGCACCUGAAGUAGCCCAAUCCCGCUCCUCAAAAUCCCCCGCUCCCUCACCAUCACCGUCCGAACCCGCCGCCGCCUCAUCCUCCGCCGCAAACCAAUCACACCCACACACUUCCAACACCACCUACAAAAGACAAUCCUUCUUCUCACGCUUUCGCAAAACCUACACAACCCUCCCCUCCCAAGUCCGCACAACCGCUCGCGUCCUGCGCUUCCUCGUCCCCGCCAUCCCAAUCGGGAUAUUCUUCUCCGAGCAUGUCUUCCAGGUGAUGUGGGUGCGCGGGCCGUCGAUGACGCCCUACCUAAACGAGGACUACGAGACGAUGCAUACGAAGAGCGAUAUGGUGCUUGUGAACAUGUGGCCAUGGGGCGGGAGCGGAUGGCCCUGGGAGCGGAAGAGGAGGUUGGAGAGGGGGAUGGUUGUUACGUUCCGGUCGCCGGCAAACCCAGCCCACACCGCUAUAAAACGCGUCGUCGGACUCCCCGGCGACCGCAUCACGACUCGAGACCCGUGCAUGAAGACCUCGCAAAUCGUCCCCUUCAAUCAUGUCUGGUUAGAAGGUGAUGCGGAGGACCCGCGGAAGUCGCUUGAUAGCAAUACGUAUGGGCCGGUUAGUGUGUCGUUGAUCACGGGACGGGUGAUGGCUGUGCUGUGGCCGCGGUGGAGGUUGUUGAACUGGGCGGAUUGGGAGAGAGGGGUCGUGGAGGGGGAUGAGGGGGGAAGGAUGGGGGGUGAUUAUCGGAAAGGGGUUAGGGAGAGGGUGUUGAAGGAGGCGGUUAAGAUGGAGAGGCCUAUGUUGGAGUAG